AUGCGUAAAGUUGCGCAAAUGUUGGCUUUUCUUGGUAACAUCGUGUAUUUGAAAUUCUCAUCAAAACUAAUAAUGAAUGAUGAAUGGUCCCGUUGUCCAAUAUGUUUUGAGGAUUAUACGCUAGAGCACAGACCAACAACAUUUACUUGUGGUCACUCCACAUGUAUUGAUCAUACAGUUGGUACUAAACGCUUACGAAAUUGUGCAAUCUGUCACGGAAUAUCACACUGGUCGACAAUUAAACUUCCUACUGCAACAGCUAGUCGUGAUAAUGCCGCAGAAAUGAUUCAUCGUGAUGAACUGUAUGCUCGUCGUUUGCAAGCAGAGCUUCUUCACGGAAGAGAACGAGCUGUGGUAAUAGAUCCGACACCGCAAGCCAGUCAGGCCGCAAGUGCACAAAAUCAACCUGUUGGUUAUCUAAAGAAUUGCGGUCAUCGAUGCGAUCUUCGUACGACUCAACGAUGUUGUACAUGUUCAGAUCGUCGACCACGAAGGCAAGGUAACACUUACGAAACCUAUGUUGAUGGCCGAGGAGUUGUAAAUUCUGCAGCCCGUAAUGAGUUCUAUUGUUCUACCUGCAAACGGCAAUGA